AUGAUGCUCAGAUGGUGGUGCGGAGAACAUCAAGUUGCUUGCCCAAUUUGUUUGCAGGUUAGCAAUGAUUGCCAAGGGUUUCUUAGACCAGCUUCCAUUUUUUGGUAUAAUUCUCUCAUAUGGUGUGCAAUUGAUUGUUUCCACGAGCCUAUUGUAGAUGCAUCUCAUAAAUAUGAAAUUCCAAACAAUUAUUUACUUAUCCAUGUAGGCCUAGAGCCUCCUCAGAUAACUUUUGGGUACACUGUUGAUUGCGUUGAUAUUAAGAAGCAACCCGCCUUUGACCAUCCUUUACUACGGAAUCAUAAGUUACAGCGUAAGCCAAGCUUUCAAAAUAUAAUGGGAAAAGCUGAUGAGAGAAAUUCAAGCGCUAAACUUAUUGGAUUUGGGCUUGAGAAAAAUCAAUGUCCAGUUGGAACUGUUCCCAUUCGGAGGACAACAAAAGAAGAACUCAUCCGAGGAAAAUCACUAUUUAACUAUCCCAAUUUGACAUCAGGACAACUAGGAACUCAUAUUGCAGAAGUAACUUAUGGACCAUUCGGAUUUAGACGUUUUUAUGGAGCUAGUGGAAUGGUUAGCGUAUGGAAUCCAAGAGUUAACCAAGAUCAAACAAGCGCCUCUCAUAUGUGGGUUCAAAAUGGAUAUGGAGAUGGUACCAAUAAAAUCACUGUUGGGUGGCAUUCAGACAAUUUCAAGAAGACUGGAUGCUACAAUCUUCAUUGUCCAGGUUUUGUUCAGAUAAACAGAGAACAUGAU